AUGAAGGCCGGUUUUGCUGGAGAGGAAGGGCCGUGUGCUGUACUUCCCAGCAUUGUUGGGCGAGGAGUAGAAGAUCAGCAUCGUGAUUACUUCGCUGGUGAUGAAGCCGUGGCCAAGCGUGAACUUUUGACGCUGAAGUAUCCUAUUCAGCACGGUAUUGUGGCGGACUGGGACGACAUGGAAAUUCUUUGGGAGUACACCUUCACAAAUGGGAUUCGUGUCGAUCCAACGGAGCAUAAGGUGCUUAUGACUGAAGCUCCUCUGAAUCCGGCGGCAAAUCGCGAGAAGAUGACGCAAAUUAUGUUUGAGACUUUCAACGUCCCGGCAUUGUAUGUCGCCAAUCAGGCCGUGCUCGCCCUGCACUCCGCCGGUAAAGCCACAGGUAUUGUUCUGGACUCCGGUGGCGGUCAGACCCACGCUGUCCCCAUAUUCGAAGGUCACGCUCUGCCGCACGCGACUCUCAGAUUGGAUCUUGCCGGUCGUGAUCUGACCAAGUACCUUGCUUCGCUGUUGUGUGAGAGGGGUCGCGCCUUCACCACAUUCGCUGAGCGGGAAAUCGUGAGGGACAUCAAGGAGAAGCUGGCUUUCGUUGCCGUUGAUUUCGAGCAGGAGGGCUCGUCGGAGCAGAGUUAUGAGCUUCCUGAUGGCGAGGCUAUUACCGUCGGUUCUGAGCGAUUUAGGUGCCCAGAAGCGCUCUUCAACCCGUCGCUGGCUGGUAAGGAAGGCUCAGGUAUCCACAUGAUUUGCAACAACAGCAUCAUGAAGUGUGAGGAAGGUAUCAGGCAGGAUCUGUACAGCAACAUUGUUCUCGGCGGUGGUAAUACCAUGUUCCCUGGAAUUGGUGCUCGCCUGAGAAAGGAAGUGACUCAGCUGGCUCCACCCUCCACGUUCACUGAAGUGAUUGAAGCACCUGAGCGGAAGAACAGUGCCUGGAUUGGUGGAUCAAUUUUUUCGUCUAAGGCAUCCUCCGAGCUGAUAUGGAUUACCAGGGACGAGUAUGAUGAGGUUGGUGUAUCCGUUGUUCAGCUGAAGUGCUUCUAG